AUGGCUAUAUCAAACCUCAUGAUUUCCAUCCUCAUCUCCUUGGUCGGCUAUCAGACCGCCAUGGCGCACCCCUGGAACGUUGAAGUCGCCCGGCCUCAAGGGGAUCAUCCCACCAUGGGCGUCAGAGGCACUCUCGCCAAAACUUCUAAGCUAUCUACUUCUUGUCAACUAGCCACCGCUGGAUUAUUGGCGAGCGAAUUUGGAACUUGCGCGAACGUUCUCGCACUGGUCUCAAUCUUUGACACCAAAGGAUCUCUUGUUUCUCCAAUCAACAACUGGGUCACCGGUGCAUGUUCAGCCAAGCCUUGUGGAAAGGAAGGUUUAGCCUCGGCAAGUCAAAUGAUUCGAAUGGGUUGCCAAAACGAUUUGAAAGAGGGAACAAUGGCCGCUGUGGCUAUAUACUCAGUCAUAACACACUAUAAUGCGACCAGGGAGAUGUUCUGCACACAAUAUAAAGAAAAUUUGAACUACUGCCUUCCUUCUGUAUUGGGAAAUGUCGAGGAUCAAAGCCGGGAAAAGAUAACUGUUGACGAAGUAAUGUCUUUAAUCGCUGGCAAGUUUACCCAAGCAGACCAGGCUUUCAUUCCUGUCCCAAAGGAGGCAUACUGCAACGCUUGUGGGAAAGCAAUCGUCAGCCAAUCGGCUUUGAUGAUUGAUGCCAUCCGCGAAGACCCUGCUGGGAUCGAAUUCAAUUAUACCGCAGGCCAAACGGUGCACCAAAUUAGCGAUAUUUGUGGCGCGUCAUUCGAGACCCGAGAGCUUCCUGAAGCUGUCCAGGUAGCUCGUCCUCAAGUUGUUCAAGAAGCAAAGGAUUUCAGGCAAAUCCCAAGUGAAACUUCAUUUUUUUAG